CGAGAGGGACGAGGAAGGGAGCGUGCGCGUGCGUGCCCGCGCCGCAGACGAGAGUCCACGCCCCGGAGAAGCAACGGCGGAUAGAUAUCCCCGACGACGACGACGAGCGCAGCAAACUAGCAGCAUCCUCCUCAGUCCCAUCUCAUCCCCAUUCUCCGAUCCCUCCCCGAUUCGAUUCGAGGCGAGCGACGCGUCCGCUCCGAACCGGAUCGAGCCCGGGGGAGUUUGGAUUUGGGGGAGGGGGGUGGGGGACAUGGACCAGGUGCUCAACAAGGUGGGGAGCUACUGGUUCAGCAAGAGGGCCAGCAGGGAGAUCGACUCCAUCGGCGACGACAUCAGCUCUAUCUCAAGCAGCAUUGGAGGGUCAGCCAAAUGGAUGGUGAACAAGAUUAAAGGGAAGUUGCAGAAAUCACUACCAGACCUCCUCAAGGAAUAUGACAUGCCAGCUGGCCUCUUCCCACGGGACGCGACUAACUAUGAGUUCAACGAGGAGACAAAGAAGCUGACGGUGUACAUCCCUUCAGCAUGCGACGUCGGGUACAAGGACUCGUCAGUCCUGCGGUUCUUCACCUGUGUGACUGGCUACCUUGAGAAAGGUAAGUUUUCCGACAUUGAGGGAUUGAAGACCAAAGUGCUGGUGUGGACCAAGGUGACCACCAUCAAGACCGAGGGCUCGAAGGUCCAUUUCACUGCCGGUGUGAAGAAGACCCGGAGCCGCGAUGCCUAUGAGGUCGUUAGGGAUGGUAUCACCAUAGAUAAAUUCUAGAGAAUGGUUCGCAUGAGAAAUGUGAUGUAAUUAAACUGUCCAGACGAUAAUUCUCCUCCUCUUGUGGUACGCCAAAAAUCUAAAAUAUGGUGUGGUACUGCCCAUUCGGUCAUUAUCUACAAAUUGGAUGUCUCAUGUCAUUAUGUAUCUGUUCAAAAUGUGGAGCUUACUUUCGCACA